CGCCGCGGCAGCCCGCCGCCGCCUCCCCGGGAGCGGCCGCCGCGCAGGCGCCGGCGCAGAAGGCCGGCGAGCCCGAGGCGGCCGUGGCCGCUGGCGCCCUUGGCGCCCCCGCCGAGGCCGAGGUGCCGCCGGACAUCGCCAGCAGUUCCAGUGAGUGCGCAUUGGCGUGCGGCGACACGGCCUUGGAUUUGGUCGACGGGAAACGCAUGGCGGGCGAGUUCGACAGCGAAGGUGUCCUCCUGGGCACAGAGCUGCUGCCGUUCAUCGGCGCCGCCGGCGCGCUGGUGCUGCCUCCGCAGCUGCGCCCACCAGAGCUGGUGCAGCCCGCGGCGCGCAAGGGCCCGAGGGCGGCCGGCUCGGAGCUCCACGGCUUCGACGACGCGGAGCUUGCGGGCUGGGGCCCCCACGGCGGCGCCGGGGAGGCCCAGGGCGCGAGCUGCCUCGAGGCCCGGCGGCGGGAGGCGGACUUCGCCAGGUACGUGGACGCCGAGGUCGUGGCCACCGCCGCGGCGCCGGCGGGCGGCGGCGCCGCGGCCACGGCCAGCCCGCGGAGGCCCUCGGCCUCGCGGCGGGCGCCGCCAUCCGAGUGCCCCGCCUGCGCGCUGGGCCUCAGCAGCGCGCGGGCCUCGGAGGCGCCGGCGCGGCGCGGCAGCGCGGGCCGGGGCAGGAUGCACUCCGUGCAGUGCUGCUGGUCCGGCUACCAGCAAAGCGCGCAGAGGCAGUUUUGCUCCCUGCACGUCGACGGCGACGACCAGCCGCGGCGGGAGCCGCUGUCACCGAGCAGGGUGCUGCCACCCGCCGUUGCUGGCGCCUGCCAGUGAGGACGGCCGAAGGCGGGCCGAGGCAGCCGAGCGUGAGUGCCCAGCGCGCCUCUGCCCAGCCAGGCGGCUCUGGCCACAGAGUCAUGGGGGAGGGCAAGUUUCUGGAUGCCGCUGCUCGUCCUGGAGGGGCCCUCGCCACCGCGGCCGGCUGUGCCUCGAAGCCCUGACCGGGCCGCACCCCGGAGAGAGGGGUCCAGGGGCCCAGACCCCCCGGCGUCGCGAGGCUGUUCACGGCGUGGACCCCCUAAUCAGGGGUCCCGGCCCGCUUCCCAGGGCCCGCUCGUCCUGCC